UUUGAACAAACAUAAACUUUGAAACCUUUGCGACCCUUUUGAGUUAGGUAGCAACUACACACGCUGGACUUGAAGCUCCGCAUGUUAACCAGAUUCAGCAAUCUAGUCUAGUGUAGGAAAAAGCAGCAGGCAAUAACCUUCGCAUUGAUACGAGUCAAGACAAUAGUCCUUUCUCAUAAGCUUCAUACAACCGCCGAACUUCCUCUAACCUUAAAACUCCUUUCCGCCAUCAAUUUCACAAUCAUUCUCAAAGUGCUGCUUUAAGAGCAUCCGGUCAUCCAUAUAUCGCUUCGACUCUGUAAACAAAAGAGGAAACGGAAGUUCCGCUGCGCAAGCCAUGGCGGGCCUGCCUUGAAAACAAAUGUCAACAAGGAGAAAGAAGAAAGAGGGGACAAUUUCAACCCCAAUAGCGUCGUUGUCGCAUACCUUCUCCCACCCACCCCAUCAGUUUAGGGUUUUUUCUCUAGAAAGUGAGAACGAAACAACGGAGCACUUGAAAAAGACCCCCAAAAAAGGCAGCUUUAACCUUCGACCCAAGCAAUUGCCAACCAACAGAAAGCAAAUUCAAUUUAAUGGUUCCGUCCUUCUGCCUUCAUCGAUCCCUCCUAAUCUACCAGCUCACGUUGUGGUCUUUUCUCUCAGUAGUGAAAAAUCAGCUUUUCUGGGACUAGUUCUCCGAUGGGUUUGUUGUUCUGUUGUUAUCAUGGUUAGCUUUUCUCCACAGUUGCCUUCUCCGGCUCUUUCCGAUUGGUUUUGUGCGGGAAAAGUUUGGAACUUUUGGUUUCGGGAUACAAGACUUCUGAUGUGUGGAUGAAGGAAUUCCGAGUGCUGUAAAUCUGGAUCUUGCUUCUUACAAUGGGCUGUAACAACUGGUUAAGCUGCUUUACUGGGAGCAAUAACAGCCCUGGAAACCUGGCAGCAACUGAAGAGAUUGCCACCAACAAUUUGAGGGUCUUCUCAUACAAUACAUUGAGAUCAGCCACCCUAAACUUUCAUCCGGCGAAUAAGAUUGGUGGAGGUGGGUUUGGAGUGGUCUACAAGGGAACUUUAAGAGAUGGUACUACCCAGGUAGCCAUAAAAACACUGUCUGCAGAAUCCAAACAAGGAACUGAUGAGUUCAAAGCUGAAAUCAGACUGAUUGCAAACACACGACACCCAAAUCUUGUUCAACUCAUUGGCUGCUGUGUUGAGGAUGGUCAUCGAAUAUUGGUAUAUGAAUAUCUAGAGAACAACAGCCUUGCUACUGCUUUACUUGGUUCGAAAGGGAAACACAGAGCUAUGGAUUGGCCAACAAGGGUUGCAAUUUGCCUUGGAACAGCGACUGGCCUAGCAUUUCUCCAUGAGGAAGUUGAGCCAUCUAUAGUCCAUAGGGAUAUCAAAGCUAGUAACAUACUUCUCGACGCAAAUCUACAGCCCAAGAUUGGGGACUUCGGGUUGGCGAAACUCUUCCCAGAUAAUGUCACUCAUGUCAGUACUCGAGUUGCAGGAACAAUGGGAUAUUUGGCCCCGGAAUAUGCACAACUAGGAAAACUAACGAAGAAGGCUGAUGUCUAUAGUUAUGGAGUCCUUCUACUUGAGAUCGUUAGUGGUAGAAGUAGCAGUAAAGCUGCGUUUGGUGAAGAGCUACUAGUUCUGGUUGAAUGGGUAUAAACCAUGCUCUUACUCGACUUGAAACCAGAUUGCAAAAAUUUCAAGAGUUUGAUAUGAGAAAAAAGGAAAUGCUUGCUUUCUGUUUGCAGGCAUGGAAGAUGCAGAACGAGGAAAGGCUACUGGAACUAGUUGAUCCAGAACUCACAAACUACCCAGAACAUGAAGUUCUAAGAUUCACUAAAGUCGCUCUCUUUUGCACACAGUUGGCCGCCAGCCAAAGACCCACGAUGCUACAAGUGGUGGAAAUGCUGUCCAAGAACGUCCACCUUAACGACAAAGCACUGGCUGAACCAGGUUUCUACAAAAAUUGGACUCCCCGCUGCUCUGGCGGCAGCCGCAGCUUCAAUGAAUCCACAUCUUCUGGCAAAGAUAUUAGAGGCAAACAACCGCUGUUGAAACCCUCAAUAGGCUCUGAAGUAGUUAGUGCUACCAGCAUCACUCAAAUGUUUCCUAGGUGAUAUUCUUUUUUUUGACAAAACCAAAAUUUGCUUGUUUUGUAGUAUUGCC